GGGAAUACAAUAUAUACUGUAGUUAUGAUGCCCGCUCCCUGCAGAGACGCAGUUCUUCCUCCAUUCUUCUGCGUGUGCCUCAGCUCAUAGGGAUUAACGAUGAACGGAAUCAGGAAGAGAGCUGGAUCGAGAGUUGCAGAAGUAUUUAGCGGCGUCUGCUGGUCAUGGUGGGAACUGCAGUCUAUUUUAAGCAGUGUGAUUGGCAUACAUUCGAAGUGGAUAUUUCAAGAGUCUGGCAAACCAACUGUGGUUAGUGCCUUGCCAUAAAGAGGGGAGCGGAAUGAUGAUGCCAGGUUUAUAUACCGUCCUUAAGUGCGUGUCCUGCUGCUAGUGGUCUGCUUCCUUCAGACAUUCUUCUUUCAGGGCUGAGCUGCUGCUUAACUUUCUCACACAGAAGGUGAAGAAAAGAAGGGGACAAAAUGUCUGACAAAAAGAUGACAUCGAGCCGCAGGCACCAUCUCAAGAGUUUGGUGCUUAGCAUUGCAAAGGGCCUUAUGGAUAAAGAAGCCGCUCAAUUAAUUGUAGACAGGGAGAAUUACAUGGCACAAGCCUGCCCUCCUCUGUCCAUGCCCUCAUCUACAGCGGAUUUGCAGGAACUGUGCAAGAAACUUCACCAUCAGAUCGACACGGUUGAUGAGGAGAGAUAUGACUUGCAGAGCAAAGUAAACAAGGGAGAAAAAGAGAUUGAAGAUCUGAAGAUCAAGGUGGUCGACCUGAUUGGCAAGUUCAAGAAACCCGCGUUGAAGAAAGUGCGCAUGUCUGCCGAUCAGAUGCUUGGGGCUCUUCUGGGCUCCAAACACAAGGUGUCCCUGGAUCUGAGAGCCAACCUGAAACAAGUCAAGAAGGAGGUCAAAGAGGAGACCUCAGAUGUCGGAGACUGGCGUAAGAACGUUGAGGACAAGGCUGGUAUGGGCGGCAGGAAGAAGAUGUUUGAGGGCGAAGCCUAAAUUCCUAGACAUUUCUUUGUUUAAUUAUUGUCAGUGCUAUGCAAUCAUUUAUCUUUUUUGCCAUAGUUUCAGUCCCACAAAUGAGCAUUUGUUUUAUGCAGUAUGUAUAUGUCCUGAAAGAGAAUUGUGUAUCAUCGCUGAGCCACGACCAUUAAAUGAAUGCUUUUGAGGAAAAUCCCUUUUGUGUUUGUUUUAUUACGCAUGUUUUGGUUCUUUCACUCCCUUACACUCUGUUUUGACUGUAAUGAAUGAAUACUAUAGUGCUACUGUA